CUCCUUCCUCCUUUGUGGUGCAAACGCUGAUCUUCAGAGGAGGAGCUGUGGGUGCUUAUGAGCUGAGUUGCCAAGCGAGGCGCUGGCAGGAACUUCUUUGCCAUAGUAUCUGGGCAAAUUAUGCUGCGAUUCGCACCAUGAACUGGCUGUCUGCUUCCCCGGGCGUCGUUUUAACAGCAUACCACCCCAGCAGCAACAAUGCGGUGGCCGGGAGUAAUGCUAAAGAGAGCGAAGAAACGCCCCUGUCAAGUCGCAGAUCUGGCCAGUAUACAAUGAACCAUGAAAACGCUAAGAAGUCCACAGAAAGGUCACAGUUUGACCACUCAGGUUCCCAGGAUUCCUUGGAUGAGUUGUCAAUGGAUGACUAUUGGAAAGAACUUGAAAACAUCCAUGAAACCAGUGAAAAUAAUCGUAGAGAGCAAGAAGUGGUGGUGAAAGAACCUGAUGAGGGAGAACUGGAAGAAGAGUGGCUAAAAGAAGCUGGGCUGUCAAACCUUUUUGAUGAGAGUGCUGGAGACUCCCUCGACAGCAUGGUGUUUCUAUCCACAUUGACACGAACUCAGACAGCAGCAGUACGAAAACGAGUGGAAACUGUCUCUCAGACCCUGAGGAAAAAAAACAAGCCGUACCAGGUUCCUGACGUCAGAGAUAUCUUCAGGCAACAAAGUGAUUCAAAGGAAAAAGUCUCUGGUGAGAGUGAGCCCUCAUCUGUGAAAGCAAGAGAGAAAAAUGAAGCUCAAGAUGAAGUGAAAGACGAUCCAGAGUUCAGCCAUGGCAUCAGUGAAAAGACCAGCCUGCUUGAGGAUAUGCCAGUUUCUGAAACUGAUCUCAAUUUAGAGAUUUCAUUUGCAGAGCAGGCAGCCAAUCUCAAAGAUGGCUCAAUCGGCGAAAUGUGCAAAGGCAAAGAGGAUGAUACACAACUUCCUAAUUUCAGAUUGCCAAAGGACAAAACGGGUACCACAAAGAUCGGUGACCUGGCCCCACAGGACAUGAAGAAAGUCUAUUCUUUAGCACUUAUUGAGCUAACUGCGCUGUACGACUUACUCGGGACAGAAUUCAAGCAGCAAAAAGCCAUAAAAGUCAAAAUGAAAGACUCUGGUCUUUUUGGUGUCCCACUGUCAGUUUUGCUGGAACAGGAUCAGAAGAAAGUACCAGGCACCAGGAUACCACUGAUCUUUCACAAACUGAUUUCUGAAAUAGAAGAGGCAAAAUUGGAUACAGAAGGACUUCUUCGAAUACCAGGAGUAGCAGCAAGAGUAAAGGGUCUUUGCCAAGAGCUGGAAGCAAAGUUUUAUGAAGGGACUUUCAACUGGGAAAGUGUAAAGCAACAUGAUGCAGCAAGUCUUUUAAAACUCUUCAUCCGAGAACUUCCUCAGCCACUGCUCACUGUGGAAUAUCUUAAAGCUUUCCAGGAUGUGCAGAAUCUUCCCACCAAGAAGCAUCAACUGCAAGCACUGAAUCUUUUGGUAUUACUCCUACCUGAAACAAACAGAGACACUUUGAAGAUUCUGCUUGAGUUCCUCCAACGGGUAAUUGAUCAUCGAGAUAAAAAUAAAAUGACACUAAAUAAUGUUGCAAUGGUGAUGGCCCCAAACCUCUUCACAUUUCAUGGGUUUGGCUCAAAGACUAUUGAACAAAGCGAGUUUGCUAUGGCUGCUGGAACAGCAAACGUCAUGCGCUUCAUGAUUAAAUACCAAAAACUUCUUUGGACAAUUCCUAAAUUUAUAGUCAACCAAGUGAGAAAGCAAAACACUGCAUGUCAGAAAAAGGAGAAAAAAGACAAAGCUAUGAAGAAACUGCUGAAAAAGAUGGCUUAUGACAAGGAGAAAUAUGAAAAGCAAGACAAGAGCCCCAAUGAUGCUGAUGUUCCUCAGGGAGUGAUACGGGUGCAAGCGCCUCAUCUUUCGAAAGUUUCCAUGGCAAUACAGCUGACGGAAGAACUAAAAGCCAGUGAUAUAGUAGCCAGGUUUCUCAGCCAGCAGAGUGGAGUUGCCCAAGCUCUCAAGAAAGAAGAGGUAUUUUUAUAUGAAAUUGGAGGAAAUAUUGGAGAACGCUGCCUUGACAAUGAUACCUACAUGAAAGAUCUAUACCAGCUCAACCCGAAUGCUGAGUGGGUUAUAAAGUUCAAGAAUAAUUAAACUCAUAACAAAUUACAAAAGAAAAAAGAUCUGUGAACGGGACUUCAUAAUACUGUGGACUGGAUAAAAGAACAGGAUGUGGUUUUAUCAUUUGCACGCAUUGUACUAUGAAAGGAGUAUUGUCAAGCUGACUGAAACACCUACAAGUGGUCUCCACUAACCUGGCAACAUUUACCACAGUCACAGCUCAGCAAUAUCUGAGAUACUAGCUUUCCCUGCCACACAUACUUAGACUAAGGACUCAUUGCGUGAUAACUGAAGCUAAAUGUUCACUGUUCAGUGACAACCAUUAUAUCUUGCAAAUAGUCCCAUAUGGCAGGACUUAUGUUCAUAUCUUUAAUCUUUUUGCACUAGAGAGAUCUAUAUUUUCUUUUUAUAUGUGUUUUUAUAGCACCAAGUAUGGUGGGGAACCCAGUCUGGACUGGGCUUCUGAGUGCUACAGUAAUAAAAAUAUUAAAUAGGAAUAUUUAAUUCCAGAGAUAUAGUUUCCUCCGUCACUGUGAGAUUCAAAGGGGACAAACCAUAAUGUACUAUAUCUUGUCUCUGCCUUAGUAAGUGUGUCCCCAUUUUUCCUUUUAGGGUACAUUUUGAUGAAAGUUGGGGGGGUGAUUUUUUUUUUAUGAAAACAUCUAUUUCUCCCCAGCGCUCCUUGUAGGCAAACUAAGUUGCACACCCUUUAAUAUUAUUGGUCUGGUGGUUGAAUUUUUAAAUGGGAGCACAUACCAAGGUGAGUCCAUUUGAAAGAAUGCAGUCCUUAGUAAUGCUGGAAUGUUAGCAUGUAACAGCAUCAAGUUAUUUUACUAGUGCCAUACUGGGACACUGCAUAAACUGUGGAUUUUCUUAGAUCAUCUCACAGAGUUCAAAACAGUUUGCAAACUGCCAAAGGCUGCCAAUAACUUAUGAAUUCAGAACACAAACAUUCACAAUAAAUAAAACAACUGUGGCAAGUAACUGGAGUCUGAAAUUCAGAUUUAGCAAACUAUGAAAAAAAAUCCCAAUGCACUUCUGAGAGCAUGUCUUCACUGCUGAGGCAACCCAGGCUCUUACUUCUUGCCACUAAACCAACUCCUGACCACACACAUAACCCUCUUAUCCAACUGAAUUGGUGCUUUAUAAGGCUAUGUCUACGCACAGCAGUAUUGUUUUGGAAUAACUGACUUUAUUCUGAAAUAACAAAGAUCACGUCUACUCUACAGGCCUUUAUUUCAAAAUAAUGGUGAGCUCGGGGACUUCUUACUCCGACUCCUGGU